AUGAAUAAUCUACGGAAUAACUCCACGAGGAGUCUGCGACUCGUUCGCCAAAUCCGAAACGCAUCGACCCCGAGCCAAACCUCCAACGCAAAACCAUCCAUCUUCCGCAGAUACCGCGGCAUUAUACUAUGGACAUCAGUCGGCCUGGCAGUAGGCGGCACAACCGGCACGAUGAUCUCGCACACAAUCGCUCCUCCACCGCAUCCGCUACCAGGCACACACGAAGAUGGGAUCCUCAUACAAGACCUCAACAACCGUAUCGACAACGAGUUCAAAGUCAAGGUGCUGCGAGGAAAGUGCACUGCUGUAGCAGCGAGCUUGCGCGGCGAUGAAGGCGUCUGGCGUGAACUAGACCCCCAGACCCUGAAUGGCUCGUUGAUGAAAGAUUCAUUAGCGGGUGCCCGUUCGCUGGGCGUCCAACGUGUAUUUUGGAACGAGAAAGAGCAUGAAUUGGUUGCCGUGGUGUGGUUCGGAGGUGCCAUGUCUGGAUGGCCUGGCGUUGCACAUGGAGGCGGCAUUGCGACUGUUCUUGCGGACAAAAUGGCACUGGCUGCUCGUCUUGCAAAAGGCAUUGACCCCGCGCAGGACUCUUCCCAUGGUCCCUCGGAACCGACGCGUGUGGAUAUAACAUACAAAAAGCCUACAUAUGCUAAUGCUUUUUACGUCGUGCGUGCCGUGCCCAGGUACGGCGCUUUCGAGACCUCGUCGCCCAAUGACAUGGAGGUUGAUGUUCAGCUCGAAACCUUGGAUGGCACGGUUUGCGUGCUGGUCAAGGGUGCUGUUCCCGUUUCUGAGGGCGAAGGUGUCGUCAAAUCUUCUAUCAAGAGUUUCACUCCUGCAAAGUCGUGGCUCGGCUGGACUUCUCGAUCAGAUACUUGA